AUGGCAGAUCUUGUUAAUCACAGGAAUGCAGACCGUGACAUUCAGCAGGCGUUGAUUGCUUUGAAAAAGGGUGCUCAAUUGCUUAAAUAUGGUCGUAAAGGAAAACCAAAGUUUUGUCCAUUUAGACUUUCCAAAGACGAGUUAUCAUUAAUCUGGUUUUCGAGUAGUGAAGAAAGAAGUCUGAAACUCUCUUCUGUCUCAAAAAUUAUUCCUGGACAAAGAACUGCUGUUUUCCAGCGAUUUCCGCGUCCUGAGAAGGAUUAUUUAUCUUUUUCACUAAUUUAUAACCACGGGAAGCGGUCCCUUGAUUUGAUUUGCAAGGAUAAAGUUGAGGCAGAAGUGUGGAUUGCGGGUCUCGGGGCGUUGAUAUCUUCUGCUCAAGGUGGGCGGUCCAAAAUUGAUGGGUGGUGUGAUGGAAGCCUGUAUCUUGAUGAUAGUAAAGACUUGACAUCAAAUAGUCCUAGUGAAAGUUCAGUUCGUGCUUCUCAAGACAUCAGUUCUCCCGACGUUUCUGCCAGCGUACCAAACACUUCUCCAAAGUCCUUUCAGCCUGAAAAUACCUUUAAUCUCGAAAGAUCACAUGCACCAUCAAACCCAUCAAAUAUGCAAGUGAAAGGAUCUAGUUCAGAUGUUUUUCGUGUUAGUGUUUCAAGUGCACCCAGCACGUCCAGUCAUGGGUCUGCACCGGAUGACUAUGAUGCUCUUGGAGAUGUAUACAUAUGGGGGGAGGUUAUCUCUGAGAAUAUUGUAAAAGUUGGUGCUGAUAAAAAUGUCAGUUUUUGUAGCCCGAGAACUGACAUUCUCCUCCCGAAGCCACUCGAAUCCAAUGUGGUUUUAGAUGUCCUUCAAAUAGCAUGUGGUGUUAAACAUGCUGCUCUAGUCACAAGGCAAGGUGAAAUGUUUACAUGGGGUGAAGAAUCUGGUGGACGCCUUGGCCAUGGUGUUGGGAAGAAUGUGGUUCAACCUCGUCUAGUUGAAGCAUUAGCUUCCUCAACUGUUGAUUUUGUCGCUUGUGGCGAGUUCCAUACCUGCGCCGUUACAAUGGCUGGGGAAAUAUAUACAUGGGGUGAUGGCACUCACAAUGCUGGACUUCUUGGUCAUGGAACCAAUGUUAGUCACUGGAUACCGAAGAGAAUCGCAGGUCCACUAGAGGGGCUUCAGGUUGCUUUUGUCACUUGCGGUCCAUGGCACACAGCCUUGAUAACUUCAACUGGACAGCUAUUUACAUUUGGCGAUGGAACGUUCGGUGUACUUGGCCAUGGAGAUAGAGAAAAUAUUUCAUAUCCUAGAGAAGUAGAAUCGUUAUCUGGGUUGAGGACUGUAUCUGUUGCAUGUGGAGUGUGGCAUACUGCAGCUAUUGUAGAGGUUAUUGUGACACAAUCAAGUGCAAGUAUAUCAUCUGGUAAAUUGUUUACUUGGGGAGAUGGAGAUAAGAAUCGACUAGGACAUGGAGAUAAGGACGCCCGGCUCGAACCAACCUGUAUACCUGCUCUUAUCGAUUACAAUUUUCAUAGAAUUGCUUGUGGGCACAGUUUGACAGUAGGCCUGACAACGGCUGGACGUGUUUUUACGAUGGGUAGCACUGUCUACGGCCAGCUUGGGAAUCCUCAGGCUGAUGGAAAAUUUCCCUGCUUGGUCGAAGACAAGCUUGCUGGAGAAUGUGUUGAAGAAAUUGCAUGCGGGGCUUAUCACGUUACUGUUUUAACCUCAAGGAAUGAAGUUUAUACGUGGGGCAAGGGUGCAAAUGGAAGAUUAGGUCACGGAGACGUUGAAGAUCGGAAAAUACCAACUUUGGUUGAAGCCUUGAAGGAUAGACAUGUGAAAUAUAUUGCAUGUGGUUCAAACUAUUCGGCUGCGAUAUGCUUACAUAAGUGGGUGUCCGGUGCUGAGCAGUCUCAGUGCUCUACCUGUAGACAGGCGUUUGGAUUCACUAGAAAGCGGCACAACUGUUAUAAUUGUGGACUUGUGCACUGCCAUUCAUGCAGCUCAAGGAAAGCAUUAAGAGCAGCACUUGCUCCUAAUUCUGGGAAGCUAUAUCGUGUUUGUGAUUCUUGUUAUGUAAAAUUGAACAAGGUUGCAGAAUCCAGCAAUAACAAUCGGAGAAACGCAAUGCCUCGUAUUCCAGGCGAAAACAAGGAUAGGUUAGAAAAGUCUGAGCUCAGAUUGGCGAAGUCAGCCAUGCCUUCUAAUAUGGAUUUGAUAAAGCAAUUAGAUAGUAAGGCAGCCAAACAAGGGAAAAAAGCUGAUACGUUCUCUCUGGUUCGCGCUUCGCAAGCUCCGUCUUUGCUACAGCUGAAAGAUGUUGUCUUAGCUACUGCUAUAGACGUAAAACGCACAGUCCCGAGACCUGGUUUUACACCGUCUGGAGUGAAUUCCAGAUCCGUCUCACCUUUCUCAAGAAGAUCGAGCCCUCCUCGUUCAGCUACACCCAUUCCAACAACAUCCGGACUCGCCUUCUCAAAAAGCAUUACUGAUAGUUUGAAAAAAACAAAUGAACUUUUGAAUCAAGAAGUGCUGAAGUUGCGCUCUCAGGUUGAGACCCUGAGACAGAGAUGUGAGCUGCAAGAAUUAGAGCUUAAAAAGUCAGCAAAAAAGACUCAGGAAGCUAUGGCAAUGGCGAGUGAGGAAUCUACCAAAUCCAAGGUUGCAAAAGAAGUUAUUAAGUCACUUACAGCACAGCUCAAAGAUCUGGCGGAGAGGCUUCCUCCUGGUGUCUAUGAUGCCGAUGACAUGAAACCAGCGUACCUGCCAAACGGUUUCGUCGAGACAAAUGGCAUCCACCACCGAGACUCAAACGGGGAUCCGCACCACUCAAGGGCAGAGUCGAUCAGUGGCUCCAGUUUGGCAUCCAUAGGAAUUGAAUCUUCUCUGAUGAAUAGAACCGAUAGGAAUUCACCUGGAAGCUAUGCAACUAAUCUUUACCAGCAGAGCCGGGGAUUUGUGACCUCUAAUGGGACAGAUGAUUACCGAGAUGUUAACUUGCCAAAUGGCAGUGGCACAAUCCAGACAACCAACAGUAGUGUGUCGCAUACAAUUGACGGCAGGGAUUCUGGAAAUUUCCGAGAGGAUGAGAGUGGCUCGAGAUCAAGAAAUGAUGCAUUGCCUGUUAAUAAUAAUAAUCAAGUAGAUGCAGAAUGGAUUGAACAAUAUGAACCUGGUGUCUAUAUAACUCUGGUUGCCAUGCGGGACGGAACGAGAGAUCUAAGGAGAGUGCGCUUCAGCCGUAGAAGAUUUGGAGAGCACCAAGCAGAGACUUGGUGGUCGGAGAAUCGGGAUAAGGUAUAUGAAAGGUACAAUGUUCGUAGCACAGACAAGUCGACCGGCCAAACAGCGCGGAAAGCAGAAGGUGGUGGUUCACCUGUUGUACAAUAA